CUGCAACGUGGGCCAAUAGAAAUGCUCCAGCUGAUUUUACUUUCAUUCUGUGAACCACGUCAGUCAAAUUUCAACCAAUUUUGCUGCAUUCGUGCGUCUUUCCUGCCCCAUAAUCUAUUUUGAGGCAUAUCGGAGGAAGCCGGAAAAUUUUUCUAUACAUCUGUAGUUUAGAUUAAAAAUAAAAUGCAGCAAUUGCAUUGGAAAUUGUGUGCAAUUGCCUGUGUUCUCCUGGGAAUCUUUUGUGCAAAUGGAGCCAAUGGGGCUGCAGUGAUGUCCGUAGAUUUAGGAUGUGAAUGGAUGAAGGUAGCUGUAGUGUCUCCUGGAGUUCCCAUGGAGAUUGCUCUGAAUAAGGAAUCCAAGAGGAAAACAGCUUCAAUGCUGGCUUUCCGAGACGGUCUCCGGAUUUUUGGAGAAGAUGCUCAAAGUAUUGGGGUCAGAUUCCCCCAGAAUAGCUAUGGAUAUUUCCUGGACUUGCUCGGAAAGAGUAUUGACAAUCCAGUUGUGGAAUUAUACAAGAAACGUUUCCCUUACUACAAAAUCGAAUCAGAUCCCAAGAGAAAUACCGUUGUAUUCCGAAUUGGUGAGGAUGUUUACAGUGUUGAGGAGUUGGUGGCUCAACUUCUGCAGAAAGCUAAGCAAUUUGCCGAGGAGACGGCUGAGCAGAAGAUUACGGAAUGUGUCAUUGUUACUCCCGGCUACUUUGGUCAGGCCGAACGGGCUGCUUUGAUUUCGGCAGCCAGUUUGGCUAAUUUAAAAGUGUUGCAAUUGAUCAAUGAUUACACGGCCGUUGGUCUGAACUAUGGGGUAUUCCGGAAGAAUCAGAUAAAUGAAACUGCUCAGUAUUAUGUGUUCUACGAUAUGGGAGCUUACAAGACAUCGGCGGCUGUUGUGAGUUUCCAAAUGGUUAAGGAUAAAGCCACUAGGGAGACUAAUCCUGUGAUCUCGGUUCUGGGUGUGGGAUAUGAUAGGACAUUGGGUGGAUUGGAGAUGCAAUUGAGAUUGAGGGAUUAUCUGGCUAGGGAAUUUAAUAAGAUGAAAAAGACAAAAACGGAUGUUUUUACAAAUCCCCGGGCUCUGGCUAAGUUGUUCAAGGAAGCUGGAAGGGUGAAGAAUGUUCUGAGUGCCAAUGUUGAUCACUAUGCACAGAUUGAGAGUUUGCUGGAUGAUCAGGAUUUCAAGAUGCAGGUGACGAGGGAACAAUUUGAAUCACUCUGUGGAGAUUUAUUUGAUCGAGUACCAAGUGUUAUCAAUCGUGCUUUGGCAGCUUCGGGAUUAUCAAUGGACGUGGUGACGCAGGUGAUUUUAUUUGGGGGUGGAACUAGGGUGCCGAAGGUCCAGGAGAUCCUCAGGAAGACCAUUAAGCAGGAUCUGGGCAAAAAUCUCAAUUCUGACGAAGCUGCGGCAAUGGGAGCUGUUUACAGGGCAGCUGACCUGGCUACGGGAUUCCGGGUGCAGAAAUUUGUGACGAAAGAUGCUGUCCUGCUGCCGAUUCAGGUGGUAUUCGAGCGAGAGGGUGAUAGUGGGAAUAUGAGACAGGUGAAACGAACACUUUUCGGGCCAAUGAAUCCCUAUCCUCAGAAGAAGGUUAUCACAUUCAAUAAACACACUUCUGACUUCACUUUUGACGUCAACUAUGCGGAAUUGGAUCAUCUGACCAAGGAGGAAAUACCCUUCCUGGGUUCUCUCAAUCUUUCCCGUGUGGCCCUGAGUCAGGUGCAAGAGACCCUGAAGGAUCAUCUGAAUGACAAUGUCGAAUCGAAGGGAAUCAAAGCGCAUUUUGCCAUGGAUGAUUCUGGAAUUUUUGGUCUGUCAGGAGUUGAAUUGGUUUACGAGAAGGCUGUUAUUGAGACAGCGGAGGAUGAUGAAGAGAGUCCAUUCUCAAAACUCGGCAGUACAAUUAGUAAACUCUUCUCCAGUGACAAGAAUGCGAAGGAAGGAGAGAAGGAAGAGAAGUCAGAAGAUGCACAAAAAGAAGAAGAGAGUACUCCUGAACCUCCAACGGAGGAUACCAAAGCCACAAAUACCACAGAAGAUGCUCCAGGAACCAAUGAAACAGUCCCGGAAAAGCCAGAUGCCAAGGAUGAAAAUGUUCAGGCGCAAAAUAAAACAGAAAAGCCCAAAAUUGUGACAGUUAAGCAGCCAAUUCCAUCAGAAGUUACUCAAUUAUUUACCAAACCCCUCACGGAGGAACUCUAUCAGGAGUCCAAGAAGAAGAUUGAUGCCCUGGAUGAGCAAGAGAGGCAGAUAAUGCGAAGAGAAACAGCUCUGAAUGCUCUGGAGAGUUUUGUCAUUGAAGCUGCACAGCGCCUGGACCAGGAAGAAUACUCUAGUUGUGCUCUUCCCGAAGAGAUUGAGGUUAUUCAGAAAUCCUGUGCUGAGACAUCUGAUUGGCUGUAUGAAGAUGGUAGUAGUGCUGAUGCCAUAACCUACGAGGAUAAACUCAAGGAGCUGAAGAAGCAGACAAAUGACGUAUAUGCAAGACACUGGGAACAUUCAGAACGUCCGGAAGCACUAAAAGCACUCGAAGGGAUGCUCGAGGGUUCAGAAAAAUUCCUAAAAUCCGCCAAAAACCUCACCAAGGAUACCAAUGAGGAGAAAGAUGUGUUCACAACUGUUGAAAUUGAGACACUGGAAAAGGCUAUCCGGGAGACGACACAGUGGCGUGAUCAAGAAAUCAAAGAACAGGAUAAACUAAAGAGAAAUGAACCUGUCAGACUGACAGUAAAGUCCAUAAUGGAGAAGAUGUCACUGCUAGAUAGGGAAGUGAAGUACCUGGUGAAUAAGCUGAAAAUCUGGAAGCCCAAGCUGAAAGAGAAGAAAUCCAAGGCCAAUGAGACGGAGAAGAAGGAAGAGGAAGCAGCUGCUGUGGAGGAAGAGGAAGUUAAGGAUGAGGAUGGACCUCAAAUUGAGGAACCCGAAGUGCCCACAGACACAGAUAAGGCUGAAACUCAUAGUGAACUGUAGGCUCAUGCAAAACAGCCUCUUAAGGUUGUCCUCUCACAGAGCCAACCUGAACAGGAUAGGUUAUUGCACAACUUUUUUUUACGUUAAUGUGAUCAAGGCUCGUUUUGGGACACUUAAGGAUUGCUGUAACUUUUGAGGAAAAAAAAUCCCACAUUUUUCCGGAAGAUAGUAUUGGAAUUUUAGUGAGCUCCGCAUAGAAAAAUAGGCCACGCCCUCUUCAAGAGUUAUGCCCUAGACACACUUACGACUUAAGCCGAGAAGCGACUUAGUGCAAAAUGAUGGAAAUGUAGUUUGACCAUUAUUUACAGUAGAAUCCCGCUAUAGGCCAUCGCUCUUCUAUAGUCCACAAUUUAUCGACCGUUUAUUUCAAAACACUGAUUUUAAGUUGUCAUAAUUAUUUUAAUAUUUUUGGCAAACUUUACUGAGCCCAAACAGAAGUAGAUUUUGAUUCUCCAAUAGUGUCUUGGAUGAAAGAUAAAUGGAACUCUAUUUGCACAAAAAGUCGUUGAAGUUCGAAAAAUUCAAAUUCAAUUUCGAAUUUUCAUACUAAAUUUUCGAACAAGUUCUUGUAAUGUGAAUAACCCAGCAACGAUAAAGUUCCCUGUUCGAGAUGUCGCGACGGUGGCGGCCUCCCAAAUGUUCAGAAAGUGGUGGCCAUCAAAGAGAACUAUUGCUUCAACCGCGUUCGCUUUUCCCAGCCCGUAAGGAUUUACAUUGGACCGAACCCUGCUUCGAACGCGUUUGCUGAACGGUGUUCAAACAGGGAACUUUCGUCGCUGGGAAUGUGUAAUUGUGAAUGGCUCCGUUCAGUAAUAACCUUUCGAAGAGACAAACCCGCUCCAAAGUCAAGCCAAACCUAUUCGAAAAUCUACCGAAAGCCUAAAUUGCAAGUUCACGAACUGGCCGCUUUGGCGCUGAUUGUUUUGUUACUUCGAAUUUCGGUAUUCUUGACACUUCAUAAAUCAUAAAUUUCAACAACAGUGUGCGAACAUUUGCUGCCAAAAGUGAAUUUUUGUGUAGUUUUGUGGAAAUUCAGGAUGGCAGAUCGUUUUAACCCAUUAAGGACGAUUGGAACACCGGUGUCCCAUAAAGAAAAUAAUUUUUCCUGACUACCUAAAGUUAUUUUUUUCUUAUUUCUGUACAUAAUUGUAAAGUAGAAGGUUAAAUGAAUCUAGAAUAUUUUUUGCAAUUCUCUAGCUAUUUACUAUGUACACUCGACUCUUCGUUAUCCGGCUGACUGGGGGACAAAUGACAUUUAGGUUUUUUGAAUGAUCAACGGUUUUUCUAUUUUGUGCUGUGUGAAUUUAUUUUCUGUCUGACAAAGAACAAGGGAAUUUUCUUCAUGUGUGGUUAUGUUUAAUUUUUUAUCACAAUUAUGUAUGAAAAACUUCGAUACAAUGAUAAUAAUACUUCAAUUCACUCUGGAGAAACUUCAUGUUUAGUGAAAAUACUUUUGAAUACAUCAACCGCCAGUGUUUGGCAGCUGUCACCCGAAUAACGAAGUGCCGGAUAACGAAGAUCUGAGUGUAGUAAAUAUUGAAGCUCAAAAAUGGCGAUUUUUUAAAUUCACAAAUUCAUAAUUGAUUUUAUUUAUUUUUUAUACUUCCAAUUUUUUUUAAACAAAACCCUUUUGGCAAUAAAAACUACAAUACUCAUAAGUCAUAUUUUUCAUUAAAGCGAAAAAUAUUAUUCGUUAGUAUUGUCAGAAAAAUUACUUAAAUUUUUGGGCUAUUUUUGUCCCUAUCGUUCAUAGAAGCACAAAAUACACCGAAUCAGACUCUGUUGGACUUUCCAAGGUUAGAUGUAAGACUUAUCAUUGAUUAUGUUUCUCAGUUUAAUUUUUAUUGUUGAUUUUCAGUCCGUAAAAAGUGUGUCGUCGUUAAAGGGUUAAUUGCACUUUCACUCAAAGAGAUGUCCUUUUUAGGAAUUUGCUCAUUUUUGUGUAACUCGUCGGUUUAAACGUUCGAACUUCCAACGGAUUUUUUAGGUCUUCGAAUCGGUAAGGGAAAAACCUCAACCGGAGAGAACUCUCAAAUCGGGAAGGUUAUUACUGAACGAGAGGAAUGAAGAGAGCGAGAACAAGUACCACAAUUACAAAGAAAGUGGAAGUCGUCGAGCAAUUUCAAUACUAAAAGUCGUGGAUAAUUUUAAAAAAUUACGUGGACUAUAGUGCGACCCAAGUGUCAAAUCUGGAACCAAAUAUAGACUAUAGCGAGGCUCUACUGUAUACAGUAGACUCUUGUUCAAUCGGGCGAAAAAUUUUGUUGACAAUUUUCACGUUUAAUUAUGAAGCUAAUUUGCUGAAAUACGCUGUAGUUCUUCCUAUUUUAUCGUGAUUCUUUAUAAUUGAGCGCUUUUUGUGAAAUUUUCAAAGAUUUUGACGCCCAAAUCUAUCGAUAAACCGGAUGACAUUUUGCCCCAAAUGCCCAAUUGAGAGAGAGUCUACUGUAAUAUAAUUACGCUAAGUCGUCUCUCGGCUAAUCCUUAGGUAUGUCAAGGCCCUUACGGUUAACUGAAGUUAAGAUUUUUAUUUUUUUAAUUCCCAGUAUUUAAUAAGCAAUUCAAAAUGCAAUCGUUGAUAAAAAGUAGACUGCGACUUUGCGACUUUUUGAAGAAUUAAAACUAGAAAAAAGAACUAGAACUUCUUCGAUUUAAUGAAUCAGUUGAUGAUAUGUUCGUGGAGAGAAAAGAGGUUAGGUUUUGUUAAAGCAACGAAGGUUAAAUUCUCAAGAUAUUUGGCCUAAUUUUUUUUAUACAAGGACUAAAAAUCACUGCUUCCAAGGUAAAAUAUUGCUUUCAAAGUGAAAAAGCCUGUAGUUUAAAAUUUUAGGUUAUGUACGACCUAUUUUUUCAGAAACUGACAAAAAUACUUUAAAUAGCUAAAAACUGUUUUCCUUCUGAGAAUGUUCAUUUAAAAAUUUCCCAAAACGUUAGAGUGAAAGAUUCGGACAUCGGAAUGGUUCUUAUAUUUUUAAGGUUAGGCUAAACCUAACCUAAAAUCUUUGAAUGAAUCUAGAUCAAAUAAAAGAAUCAGGAUGAUUAUUUUGAGUGGUUAAUAAUAAUAAUAAUGCUGGCACAACAUUCCAUGAAGGAACAAGGCCUUCCCGCAAGGGGAUUUCUAGACACGCAUUAUUAUUUUUUCUUGUACGGGAUGAGGUUGUCAGCCCAUGCCUGUGGAAUCAAGUACAGUGAAGCUCACUUGAUGCAAUCCAAAUACCUUUAACGCCAGAAAAAUUCCUGGUGACCUAAAGGGGAUUCGAACCCAGGACACUUGCAUCAUAGAGUGAGUGCUCUACCACUUGACCCAUUGAAUGCCCUUUGUUGCAUUCACAGUUGGAGUUUUAAAAAUUCGAAGAUCGGUUUCGAAAGCCAAAAUAAAGUAAUUUUUACUUCUCGCUUCGUCCGCGUGGUGGCUGAAAUACUUCAUGUUCGAAUUUCCAAGUGUUUCGAGUGUCAGUCUUUAUUAUGAGAAAAGAGACGAUCGUAGUAUUCUUGUUAAUUAUAAUUCCCCUUAUAAUAACAGUGUUUUUUAAUGGCUUCAUAAUAUGAUAUUUUUCAGAUUUUCUCAACCUUGUGGGAAAAUUUACUUUGAAAAUUCGAAAUGGAAUUUAAAUUCAUCAAACAUCAACGACAUUUUUGCAAAUAGAGUUUCAUUUACAUUUUAUCAAAGACGCUAUUAGAUAAUCAAACUUCCGCUGUGAAUUUGAGGUAUCCCUCUCGUUCGAAACUUGAAGUCUAAAAAUUGUGCAUAUAUUUACAAAUUUACAGAUUUUAUUAGUGCAAAUUUAUAUUUGCCUAAUUGUACGUAAAAUAUGCAGAAUAUUUAAUGAUCAUACAUAGAAAAAGAAUCUGCGUAAAUAGGCGCAAUAAUUUUUCAAUUUCGAAAAGUAACAAAACUGUCAAGUGGUAGUCUUCACUUUUUUUUAUCAAUACAAUUAUUGAAGCAAGGAACUUCAUAAUAUUUUUGUUCCAUUAUAAUUCUCCAUAAUUACUUGAACAAUCCUUUUGAGAUCUUUUUUGUGGUAUUUCGUAAACUGUAACUCUUGCAAGGAAAUUUGAAUUUUCGAACAAAAUCGAAAUUUUGUUCAAGUAGAAGUGCCAUUUAACUUCUAGCCGAGACACAUAGAUAAUUAUUCAUGCUCUGACAGUAAGGAUUUUUUUUUUCGAAAAAUGGUUCAAAAGAUAGAAGGUACGAUAUCAGCUGAUGCAAGCGUCAAUAGGAGAAUUUUACAACAAAAAUUCUAUUUUUUGAAUAGGUUUCAGUAGGUUUUGAAAUUUGUGAAAGUUCCUUUUCUCGAGUGCUUUAGAAUUUGUUUAUUGAAAAUCCAAAAUAAGAAAAUCAACAAUCUUAACGUUCAGUAAUAACUUCGAUUUGAGCGCCCCCUUCGGUUGAAGUUUGUACUUUACCGAUUUGAAGGCAUAUCCCUUUAAGGGCGAGAACUUUAGAUGACGGUAGGAAAAAUUUCAUUUUUGGGUCACCGGUGAUCCAAUCGUCCUUAAAGGGAUAUCCGAGAAAAUUACCUGAAAAUCCAUUGGAAGUUCGAAAAUGUAAGCCGACGAGUUUUACAAAAUAUUUUUUAAAGAAAUCGGUCAAAAAUAUCGAAAAUUCGAAAUGGAAGAACAUCCAACGCUAAAGUGGAGAAUACGUGAACUUGCACUUUAGACUUCCCCUUGAUUUUCGAAUGAUAUGACUUGGUUUUGUCUCUUCGAAAGUUUAUUACUGAACAGAGCCAUUUUGACCAUAAUUCUUGAAGAAGGCGUGGCCUAUUUUUUAGGGCAGCCCUUACAAAGUACUUAUACUAGUUUUCGGCAAAAUAUGGCAUUAGAAAGUUACAGCAAUCCGUAAUUGUUCGUUUUUUACCAUCGUUCUCCCCUGGAUCUUCUUAGAACCAGAAAACAUUCUUUUUUUUUGUAAAAUUUGACUUUAGGAAAAAUGCAGAAGGUCGAUUUUUUGUAAAUCCCGCCCCCCAUUGAUGAAAAAUCCAUUCCGUCACUCACUACCAACUUUUGUCACGUUAGAGAGUGUUCUUAGGCUGAACUCUGGAUGUGUGGGAACUUAUGCAAGGGACAUUUAUUUAUUGCAAUGAAUAAAUUAAAAGAAAAAUUGUACGAUAAAAA